AUGAUGAAGAUGUUCGCUCUCCUUAUGUUGUUGGUCGUUGUCAACGUUGUCCUCUGUGAGGAGGACAGUUACGAUGAUUAUGAAGAUGAACUUCGUUUGAAAAGAAGCUUUAUGGACUUCCUGAAGAAGCUUCCCCUUGAAGAUUUGAAGAACGUUGGCUUGAAGGCAGGCGGAGCAGUGGCUGAUGAAAUUUUGGGCAAAAUUGGCAAAAGAAGUUUUCUAGACUUCCUUAAGAAGCUGCCACUUGAAGACCUGGCAAAUGUUGGCGUGAAGACUGGAGGUGCUAUCAUUGACCAAAUUGGAAAAUAA